CCCGGGCACCAGAGCCCCGGGCACCAGAGCCCCGGGCACCAGAGCCCCGGGCACCAGAGCCCCGGGCACCAGAGCCCCGGCACGGCCCCGCCCUGCCCCGCGGAUCCUCCUGCUCGGCGGUCUUGCAAGAGUCUGUCUUAGACAGCUCCGCAGGGAACAUCGGCCCACAGGCUUCAAGCUCAGGAUUAAACAGACAGACAAGGGAAAGGAACCAUGUUCCAGGCCACGGGAGCUGCCAGCCCACCCUCAACUCAUGAGGCAAAGAACAGCUCAGGAAGCAGCACAGUGCAGCGCUCCAAGUCUUUCAGCCUGAAGGCACAGGUGAAGGAGAUGUGCACUGCCUGCCAGAAAACCGUGUAUCCCAUGGAGCGGCUGGUGGCUGAUAAAUUUGUCUUCCACAACUCCUGCUUCUGCUGCAAGCACUGCCACACCAAGCUCAGCCUGGGCAGCUAUGCUGCGCUCCACGGGGAAUUCUACUGCAAGCCCCACUUCCAACAGCUCUUCAAGAGUAAAGGCAACUAUGACGAAGGCUUCGGGCGCAAGCAGCACAAGGAGCUGUGGGUGCACAAGGAGGUGGAGAGUGGGACCAAGUCGGCGUGAGUGGGGCCAGCCCCGCUCCUGGAGCCCAGCAGAGCCGGAGGAGCUGAGCCAGGGCUAACUGAGCUGAUGUAAAGCAGGACCUGUGGGAGGGCAGGGUGUUCACAGGGGUCCUGCAGGCCUGAAGGACAGGGCAGAGGUGACCAGGGUGCAGCCCCCAGACCUGAAGCCCUCGCUCUGCAGGCUCAUCUCCCCAGUGAGAUCAGAGCAGAAGCAAUUGCACCCAUGGGAGUCCCAGCCCUGUUGAUCCACUUCGGGCUUGUCCCCAUGGAAAAGGAGACGAGCUGGGGGCUUAUCCAGCUUGUGAGUGACUGCAGAGCUCCCAGCUCUGCCACCAGCCCUGCACUGCUGGGGCUCUGGAUAAGGAGGGUCCUCGAUUUACAUCAGCUCAGUUCAGCUGGGAUGGUUCAGCCUUAAGGAUGCUGCCCUGCCACGGUUUAACAGUGUCUCUUUUUUAUAUUUGCCUUUGACUGGUACGUUCUGCGCUGGAGCCCCGCGGCAGCUUCACAUGCGCUCCUUUAUUUUUGUAAUACAAGGUUUCUGAGCCUUC